UGACGGCCCGAAAUGGCGGCCAUGAUGGAUUUUCUAAAAUUCGCGAAAAGUGUUUCUUAAACUGGAACUAAUUAAGACUCAUAUGAAACAAUGGUUAUUGUAAUAAGGUUUGAACUAAUGCAUAUUGUGAUUUGAAUUUGUAAAAUACGCUUCUUAAAGAAGUUUAUACUGGUUUUGCCUUCAAAAUCUAGAAGGCUCUACGUGGAUUGCUCAUUAGCAUAUUUGAGGUCAGCACGAUGAGCAAGGUAUCGUUUCGAGCUCGGGCGCUGGACGCCACGAGACCAAUGCAGAUUUUCAAAGCAGACGAAGUUCCUGACCUACCAGAUUUUGCAACUAUCAACCGAUCUGUUCCACAGAUGCCAACAGGAAUGGAGAAAGAGGAGGAAACGGAGCACCAUUUACAAAGAGCAUUGUCGGCACAGCAGGUCUAUGGAACUUCGGAGGCUCUUGUCAUCCCUAUUCCUGAAGUGGAUGAUAUAGCUGAAAAUUAUCAUGAAAUGUACAAGAAUGAUUUUAAACCCUCUAAGCAGUUUAUUCACAUACAAGCUUAUGGAAUGGACCAGGAGAUACCAGAUUAUGACAUGGACAGUGAAGAUGAAUCAUGGGUCAGUGAACAGAGCAAAAAGAUGGAGAUUAAUCCUCUAAAAUUUGAGGAAAUGAUGGACCGACUGGAAAAGGGCAGUGGACAACAGGUUGUGACAUUACAAGAGGCAAAAUUGCUUCUAAAAGAAGAUGAUGAUCUCAUUAUUGCUGUGUAUGACUACUGGCUAAAUAAAAGACUACGAUUGGAACAUCCCUUAAUCUUGCAAGUAAAAACAGAAAAAAGAGAUGGAUCUACAACAAAUAAUCCAUAUGUGGCAUUCAGGCGGAGAACAGAAAAGAUGCAAACAAGAAAGAAUCGAAAGAAUGAUGAAACAUCUUAUGAGAAAAUGUUGAAACUCAGAAGGGAUCUAAAUAGGGCAGUAACAAUAUUAGAAAUGAUUAAAAGAAGGGAAAAGGCAAAGAAAGAGAUGCUGCAGUUAACAAUAGAGAUCAUGGAGAAAAGAUACCAAGGUGAAGACUUUGAGGGCAAAAUGCUUCAAGAAGCUGAGUCUAUCCGCCACAAGUUACCCUUAUUUAUCCCUCCCUACAGCUGGGGCGCUGGCUCAGCGGAGGAAGGAGUUAGAAAGAAGAGGGAGUACAGGAAAAGAAAACACAAGCAGACUCAGCCUACUACUCCUACAGUACAGCCAAGCCAUUAUGAUAUUGAUGUUUUACACCCUGAACCCUAUAGCUCUGAUGAGGAUGGAUACUCACCGGGAACUUCACCAUCGGAUCAUGAAGAUGAAAAUGACCCUGAUGGACCCUUUGCCUUUAGAAGAAGAAAGCAUUGCAAUUACUUUGCACCUAUACUUAAUCGACUUGGUAAUUGGCCAUGGUGUAGUCCUGAAGAGGGAGGAUUGGGAAAGAAAAAUUUCCGAUACAAUCUUUGUUCAUUAUCACAACCUUCUCGAUGCAUUGGAUAUGCACGGCGAAGGGUUGGUCGAGGAGGAAGGGUGAUAAUAGAUAGAGCUGCCACACCUUGGGAUGAUGCACUGCACCAAAUUGACAUGACAUCAGGGUCUUAUUCAGGGAUUAUUGGGGAUUAUGUGACAUACAUCAGAGAUAAAAGAAUUCCACAUUUUCGUCCACAUUCUCCCACGUUGGAAGAAUCCUCAUCUUGUGGUAACCCCUCACAUGCUGCUCAGGAAGAUGUCGUAGAAUUCAACAUGGAGAGCUUUCAAUCUCACAAGGAACAACUCUUGCAGAUGCAGCGUGCACAGCAAGAGCAAUUGCUUAAACAAGACACCUCUGAUCUCAACAAUUCGUGCAAUGGUUUAGAACAUUCCUUUUCCUCACAACCCACUUCCAGAUUUACUUUAGAUUCCGAUAGUGCCAAAUUUGCUGUGUCAGCAGUCAUGAACACAUCUCAGAUUCAGAAUGCGAGAUCAGGUGCUAUAUUAUCUCGAACACAAGCUGCUGCCUCAGAAAAUCCCCCAACACCACAGACUGUUGUCUUGACCAAUGCUGUACCAGCAGCAGCAGUCAGCACAGCUGCCAACUUGUCUUUGCUUCCCCAAGCAACUGUGCUACCCCCCAUCUCCAGUGUCAUAAGUAAUGGACCAAUCGACCACAAAAAUAUCGUUUCAAGUAAAACCACAGGGCUUUCAACUUCUCCAGCAGCGACAGUUUUUCAGCUUAAUUUUCCUCUCAACAACAACAAUGCAUCUCACCAUUCUCACCUUCCUUCAUCAUCAUCAUCUUCAUUGUCAUCUAGUCUGUCUGCCUUAACAACGUCCAUCCCAAACAAGACUGUCUCUGCUGUUGGUCCAAACCUGCUCAAAUUUACACCAGGCUACAAAAACUCUAUACCAGGUUCAAUACCUGCGCAAAACCAUGAAGAUGUGGCAAGACUGAACAACAUCCAUAACAUAAAACGAGAAAAGGUUGUAGCAAUGGAUGUGACCUGAAUUGUUUGUGGUGUCCUGUAAAGGUGAACAGUGACAAACUCUGUUCUGCAUGACCAGCCAGGCAUGACCGGCCAGACCUACACAAGCAUUCAACUCAACAGCAGAUCCAUUGACCACUACAUCAACAGCCAUUACAUCUCCAUCCAUUUGCAUCAAAUGUUUCAAGGUCUCAUAGUUUCUGACAGGUGUUCAUUAUCAGCAAUGCCAUAUCAGAAGUUUUGAUGAAAGUUUGCUAUGAUAACGUAAAGAAUGUCCAUUUUAGCUUUGCCAUAGGUUCAAUGUAUUUCAACCUACAGCUACAAAUUUUUAACUACUUUUCUACUGCAACUUUAUAUUAUUAAUUUUUAGUACUUUAUUUCCUAAAGCAAGAUAUACAUCAAUUUCUUUGUCAUUUUCACCUGUAAAGUUGUGAGCAUAUGUAUUGUCCACAUCAUCCAUAUAAUGUAGCUGAUGUAAAUCUACCUCGCGAGUCCAGGUCUAGAAAGUGGUAGAGAGAUAAGUAUUUGGUUGAGUGUGAGGACAUUUAGUGCACAUUUAUUUAUCAUCCGUCCAGUCAGUUACACAUUUUCUGUAAAAGUCUUGAAUCAAAAGCAACAUUAUCUGAGUGCAAUUUUAUUUGUGAACAAGGUACAUUAAUCACUGUAAAGAACACUGCCAAAUUUGUAAAGCCUUAAAAAGUCAGCAUUUGAGGGAUUUUGUGUUUUGUGAUGUAAUUCUGCAUGUGCAAUAUUCAUUGUACUAGUAUUCAGAAAUUAUAAAACGGGGGGGGGGGGGUUAGGUUAUUGUUUCACAUUGUCUCUAUGAUUUAAGCUGUUGACUAUGAGAAGUGUAAAUUGAUAUAUCUCUUUAUUCAAUUGACUAGAUGGACCUGAUAUCUUUUUGCAUGAAAUUAAGCAUGUUUGAAAGCAUAUUUAACUAUUGUAUUUGUAUUGAUUUUUUUCUUUGAUAACUUAGUGCUUAAAUUUAUAGAUUAGAGGAAUAUAUAAAUGGAGAUACCGGCUGAUAUCAAGUGGUGAUAAACCUGGUCAAUUUCUGUGUUACAUGAAAGAGAAAGAGAGUAUAGUUAUAGAUCUUUAUUUAUAAGAAAGUUUGACUGAAAUUUUAAAAGCUGAAAUCAUGUUUUGUCUGAUCUGUUUUUGUACUGUGACAGUAUUGUAAACAUGAAUGCAUGAGUUGUUUGUGAUACUUGUCGGCCAAAUAAUGGCCCUGUAAAAAUGCUGAAAUUUAUAUACACAAUGUGUUCAAAACUGUGAUAGUAUGUGGUGUGGGUGCACCACUUAAAAAUUGCAUUGGGAAAUAAAUCUGAAUUUCCUUAA